GAGAGGCGGAGGAAAGCGUCGCUGCUUUUACGGAAGCCCGUAGACAGCGAACGCGACCAGGAACCCGAGAGGGAGGUGCGCAUGGAACUUCAGGGAUCAGACUUGUGGAACCGAUUCCACGAGAUCGGCACGGAAAUGAUAAUCACUAAAGCUGGCAGGAGAAUGUUUCCAUCGGUUCGGGUAAAAGUUAGAAACUUGGAUCCGUUCAAACAGUACUACAUCGCCAUGGACAUCAUGCCUGUGGACUCCAAGAGAUACAGGUACGUGUAUCACAGCUCCCAGUGGAUGGUGGCGGGAAACACUGACCAUUCGUGCAUAGCGCCUCGGCUAUACGUUCACCCUGACUCGCCGUGUUCGGGGGAGACCUGGAUGCGUCAGGUUAUCAGCUUCGACCGUGUCAAACUCACCAACAAUGAGAUGGAUGACAAAGGCCAUAUCAUCCUGCAGUCGAUGCACAGGUACAAGCCGCGCGUCCAUGUCAUCGAGCACGAUCCCCGCUUGGACCUCUCGCAGAUGCUGUCUCUCCCGGCUGAAGGCGUGCACACUUUUUCCUUCCCCGAGACGCAGUUUACCACAGUAACAGCCUACCAGAACCAACAGAUAACCAAACUGAAGAUUGACAGAAACCCGUUUGCCAAAGGUUUCAGAGACCCAGGGAGAAACAGGGGAGUUCUGGAUGGAAUCCUGGAGUCGUAUCCCUGGAGAAACCCAAUCAGUCUUGACUUCAAGCCCUUUGCGCUGGAAUUGCAAGGUUCCCAGUCAAAUUCUGAUCCUUUGUCAAAUUCAGCAUGA